AUGACUCUUCCUAAAGAUAACAAAGUAUAUUUAGAAACAAAAAAGAUGUGGGAAGGAUAUUCUGAUCAGAUAAGCAACUUCGAAUACUUCCUACGUCCACCAAUCAAGUUCAUUGCAUCAUUAAUCAAAGCUGUCAAUCAAAAGACUAAAUUCGGAACAGGAUAUUUCACAGAAGGACAACUCGAAGGAAAGACAAUCGGCACAAAAGAAGAAAAAUUAGAUUUCCUCAAAAUGCUCCAUUUAUAUACAGAAUACGUUAAUAAGGCUCAUGUCAAAGUUGAUACAGCUAAAAUUGCCGCUGGCCAAGAAGUAGAAAAUACACUCAUGUUACUACAAGCAGUCAUCAAAGGCUCUGAAAAUCCGAAGAUGGAUUUCGAUACAGCAGCCAAGCGCGCUAUGAAGAAAUUUGAAGCAGAAAAGACCGCUCCAGCCAAGGAAGAAAAGAAGGAGGAGAAGAAGGAAGAAAAGAAAGAAGAAAGACAGCAUUCUCCAAAGAAAGAAAAGCCAAAGGAAGAGAAGAAGGAGGAACCACCGAAGGAAGAAAAGCCAAGAAAGGAGCGUCCGAAGAAGGAAGAAGAGAAGCCAAAGGAAGAAGCUCCAAAGGCUGAAGAACUACCAAAAGAAGAGAAGAAAGAGCGCAGAGAAAGACCAAAGAAGGAAGAAAAGCCAGAAGAGAAGAAAGAGGAACCACCGAAAGAAGAAAAGCCAAGAAAAGAGAAGCGCGAGAAGCCAAAACCAGAGCCAGAAACUCCAGCUGUUCCAGCCAUCCAAGUUGAUAUUGAGGAUGAUUCAAAUCCUGCUGCUCGUCCAAUGACAGCAAGAAAGGCUCCUCCGAAAGUCAAAGAUGACGUUCCUGUUAUUACAGAAUCUAAAGUUACAACGAUUAUCAAAGAAGAAGAUGUUGACGAUGACGUAGAUGAUGUCUUCGUCGAAGAAUCCGCUGCAGGACAGCCUGCAACAAGUGGACAAGAGAAUGGCCAACUCGUUCAGAAGAUAUUGGAAGAGUUCCAGAAUGUUAAUACAAAACAAGGCGCUGGAUCAGCAGAUGCUUAUGACGCUGAUAGAUUCAAGCAGUCAAUAGAGUUCGCGAAGGGUUUGCUUCAACACCUCGCGAGAUCUGCUCAGCCUCUUGAUACUCUCAUCCAGUUCUCUCAGGAAGAUUUAGGUAACAUGGAAAAUGAAUACACAAGAUGGACAGAAGAGUGCAAGAAACAGGAAAAGGCUUUAGAACAGGAAAGAAAUGCAACUGAAACUGCUUUGCAUGACUUGAAUUCUAAAGUUGAAGAUUUGGAUAAAGAUAUUGCAAGACAGGAAUCGAAGUUGAGGUCUGUUAAGGCUGCUGCCCUCAAUAAAGAGACUGAACUCAUGAAGGACUUCGCCGGAUUAUGCCAACAGUAA